UCAGAGGUCGACAUGCUGUUGCGACAGAAAAUAUAAAAUGUGGAACUUUUUUAGCUUUUGAAAAACCAAUCAUCAGCUUUCUCUGGGCUGAUCAGCUGUUAACCCACUGUAGUUCCUGUUUCCUCCCAGUGUCUGCUCCUGUUCCCUGUUUCACUUGUUCUCUUGUAAUAUUUUGCUCAGAUGAAUGUCGGCAAGAUGCCUGGAAAAAGUUUCAUCAAUAUGAGUGUAAGACGCUGGAGGCAGUUACAUCGAUAUAUCAGAACAUAUUUGUAGCGUACAGAGCUAUUUCACAGAAACCUUUGAAAUACUUUAUCUCGCACACUGAUCUCUUCUCAAAGUAUGACUUUCAUCGUGCGGCUGGAUGUUAUCAAUAUCAAUAUGAAUCAGAUUCAGAAUCUGGAGACACUGAACCUGAAUCUGAAGAUGAAUCUCAUGAGAUAGAUUCCCCGUACAGAUCAAAUGAUUAUCAGAACCUUUACAAUCUGGUUACACACUCUGAACAGAUGACUAACGCUGAUCAUUUAGCUUAUUCAACUUCUGCCUGUUUGUUGUUGUACUACCUUAAGAUCAACAACUACUUUGGUUCCCAUACUUCAAGAGAGUCAGACAGAGAGCUGAGUCCUCCUGAGCUUUAUAUAGGGAAACUUCUUUAUCAUAUUCUUGAGGUUUUACAAUUCAAUACUCACGCCAUUGCAGAGGCCAGCAAGUGGGAGGAGGAAAAGGGUGUUGAAAUCACCAACAUUGGUUGCGCUGUCAAUCCAACACUAGCGCUGUUAAACCAUUCCUGUAAUCCUAACACUACUAGAGCCAACAUUGGAGCAGCAACAGCAGUGAUUGCAACAUCUAGUAUAAAGAAGGGAGAAGAGAUAAGUGAUGCGUACACAAUGCUUUUCCAGGACAAAUUGUUUGCUACUCGUCAGAAAUGGCUUCAAGCUCACUAUAGGUUUAAAUGUAACUGUAUAGCUUGUACUAAACAAUGGCCAAUGCACGAGUUUCUCACCAAAACUGUGACUAAACCAGGGGUGUGUGCUAAAAGUUUGCAGUACACCAAGCGUAUGUAUUCAACUAUUUCCAAACUAAGCAGUGCCGACUACAGUGUUGGACAUUAUGCUCGAGUUUAUAAAAUGUGGUCUAACUACUAUCCAGAAUUGGAGAAAACCAUUGAGAAACCUAACAAGGCUUUUCUGAAGUUAGCUUCAAGAUUACAGGACUGUUUGUGGUUGAGGUAUGGAAGUAGAGGCUUAAAGUUUCAAGCUCCACCAUUCAGAGAUCAUAGAAUAAACCAGCGAAGGUCAUCUUCCAAUAUGAAUAUACCUCAACUGCUAGAGGCUGAGGAUGAAAAAGAAGAAUGAUCAAAACAUAAUUUAUUCUGUCUUUUGUUUUUUACAAUAUUUAUAAAUUAAUAUUUAUAUAUACAAUACAUACAUAUUCACACAAAUAUGUCUAACAAGUUAAAAUAUAGAAUUCCACAACAAAGAAUAUUUUUGUAUAUAUAACGGUUUAAAAAGAGCAACCAAUCUUUAUAGUUUAUAAAUAUCAAUAACAGAGCAUCAAUUGGCUCUAAGAUUUAAUAAAUUUAAUCUAUUUCAUUUCUUUUUAAUAAAAUUAA